CUGCGCUCAGAUGAGGCUGUAAACUCGUACCACAUCAGACUCUAUGUUCCUGUAUGGGAUCACACACCACCGAUGGUUGUCGUAAGGAUAAGAAGUGUGCACAAAAGGAAAUAUGCACUAAUUUGCCUGUGCAUAGCUGGCUUUAUCGUGUACAAAUAUCUCGGUAUGCCAGCAAGGGGGUGGAGGACAAGCAGAAAGGUGGGGCUGGGCGCCAACACGUCGCAGUUCACCCUGGAAGGAGAGCCUUUCCGGAUAGUCGGGGGAUCCAUUCACUAUUUCCGCGUGCCCAAGGCCUACUGGAGAGACCGCCUGAUGAAGAUGAAGGCCUGUGGCAUAAACACCCUCACUACAUUUGUGCCGUGGAGUCUGCACCAACCAGAGAAGGGGGUUUUUAACUUCCACACACAGCUGGAUUUAGAAGCUUACAUCAGUCUUGCAGCUCAACUGGGCUUGUGGGUGAUUUUACGUCCGGGGCCGUACGUCUCUGCUGAGCUGGACUUAGGAGGGCUGCCAAGCUGGCUCCUCAGAGAUGGCAGCAUGAGGCUGAGGACGACUCACCCAGGCUUCACACAGGCCGUCAACACGUACUUUGACAAACUAAUACCAAAACUGGUCCCACUGCAGGUCUCUUACAAGAAAGGAGGUCCCAUCAUUGCAAUGCAGAUUGAAAAUGAGUAUGGAUCCUUUGCAAAGGAUCAGAGUUACAUGGCUUUUUUAAAAGAGGCUUUGCAGUCCAGAGGGAUCAGCGAGCUCUUGCUCACAUCUGAUAACCACAACACGUUGAAGUCAGGAGGUGUAAACGGAGCUCUCAGGUCAGUGAAGCUGCAGAAGCUGAAUCAGAGGCACAUCCUGGAUCUGAAUGCUGUCCAGCCCAAUAGCCCCUCUAUGGUGAUGGACUACUGGACAGGCUGGUAUGAUGUUUGGGGGGAACUCCACCAUGUGCUUCCUCCAGAGGACAUGGUGUCGACUGUGAGGGAAAUCCUGAGGCGAGGCAUGUCUGUCAACCUCUACAUGUUCCAUGGGGGGUCCAGCUUUGGAUUCAUGAGCGGCGCUCUCGCCAAUCCGUCCUACAGAGCUUUAGUCUCCAGCUAUGAUUAUGACGCUCCCCUAUCUGAAUCUGGGGAAUACACUCCGAAGUACCAUCUCCUGAGAGAUUUACUGUCUCAAUUCAACAAAAAAGGUGAUAGUUUGCCAGAUUUGCCAGCCCUGCAUUACAGGGAAGCUUAUGAACCUGCAAUCAUGUACCAGCACCUGUCUUUGUGGGACGCUUUGAGCUUCACAGUGGGACCGUUUAAGUCACAUAAGCCUGUGAACAUGGAGAAUCUGCCUGUGAACAAUAGGAACGGUCAGUCUUAUGGCUACACCCUGUAUGAAACCACCAUCACCAGUGGAGGAUUGUUGAAGUCUUGUGAUAAUGUUCGGGACCGUGCCCUGGUGUUUGUAGACAGAAACUAUAUUGGUCUUUUCAAGCGGCACAGCCUGGAGCUGGCUGUUCCAGAUGGACAGGGGCAGCGCACCUUGAGUUUAUUGGUGGAAAACUGCGGUCGAGCACACCGUGGAAGGGACCUUGACAAACAACAUAAAGGACUAGUGGGAGAUAUUUUAUUAAACAACAUCCCCCUGCGGGACUUUACAAUAUACAGCCUGGAUAUGAAACCCAGCUUUAUCGACAGUCUAUAUCAGGCACCUUGGAAAAGUCUCCCAGAAAGUCCCAUGUUUCCUGGAUUUUUUGUAGGGAGGCUGUUUGCAUUUGGAUAUCCUAGCGACACGUUUGUCAAACUGCCAGGGUGGGAGAAAGGAGCUGUUUUCAUAAAUGGACUGAAUCUGGGCCGGUACUGGUCUAUUGGCCCACAGCAGACUCUCUACCUCCCGGGAUCCUUUCUCAAUAGUGGAAUCAAUCAGAUAAUCGUGUUCGAGGAGCAAGAGGGAGACUACAAAGUCCAGUUUGAGAAUGCACCUGAUCUGGGGAUGGCAGCUGAUAUCCAGUGA